AGGUGCAGGAGCAGGAGCAGGAAACACUUUGGUAUCGCGUAAUGAAUUUGUCAGAGACAAGUUUGCUGCCGCAUUCCUAUAACACAGGAUAAUACAGAAGAAGCUUUUCUGCACGUGCACAUAGAAGAAGAUUUAAUAAGUACAAAACAACUCUACUUAAAACCGUUUUUUUCGACCUCUCUAUCUAUGUAGGUCGGACAGCACUAAGUUGUAUGAAAAGAUACAAGAACUGAUAAACGUAAGUAGCUGUAUUAUCUUUUUUAAUAUGUAAUUUCGAACAUGUUGAGUUCAUUUUUCUACUCAACGUGAAGUUAAUUUGAAUUUCUCCAAUUAUCAUCAUCUUCAUUCGUUCAUACGUAUGUGAUGAUUUACAAUUUCUACUGUUUGGUGAUGGAAUUUCUACCCAAUGUCGGAAGAUUGAUGAAAAGUAGGGCUCCUUCGUCUGAGAAGUUAGAUUUAAAAAAAAAUCGCCGAUUAACAUGACUUGCCAACUCUUUCUUGGUACUGAUAAUAGAGUUGAGUAACGAGAGAUUUAAAGCAAAGUUCUUAGUUGACCCUGCUCUUCUCUGUUCCUUAGAAUAUCUUGAUGAUGGUGAUCUACUUGUAAUUGUAUAUCGAAUGACUGUCUCUAUUAUAAGGUCGUCCUCUUAUUCGUUGAAUGUUGUCCUUAAUGUAGUAAUAGUAUUCGGAAAUUUUUCGACGCCUUGACAUUGACCCCUUCGUAAAAAAUGAUAUCUGGCCAAACUGCAGUGCUUCGGGAGCAAGACUCACGGCCUCCUCGGAUGGGGGAAGUUAUCGAACCAUGUGCCGCUGAAGACAAGAAUAGUUGCGCGUCAUUAGGCAUCGUAGAGUGGUUGCGAAUGCAGAGCCAAAAGAGCGAUAGCAACUGUAUUCGUUGAUCCUUUUGUUUUCUUUUGAGACUCCCUGUUUAUGUGUGGUUUACUUACGUGUAGACGAGGAUGCAGUAGCUAGAAAAUGCGUGGAAGAUUCUGUUUAAAAACAUUUUUGAUUCUUCUAGUUUUUAGUUUUAUUUGGGCUUUCAUUCUAGAAGUAAAUAGUAAUAUAUUUCCGUCAACACACUCUUCAGCUUUGCUCGGAUCGCUAGCGGGGUUCGUAAUGUCGGACUGUGGAGGCAGGAACGAGGAGGCGGAGGCAGAAGAAGAUAUAGAAUGCCCAGUGGUACUAAAAGAUGCUUGAUUAUUUUAUGCACGACAACUGAUCUUUUUCCAGAUCACGUUGAACCGAAAUUAUGAACAGUUCGCCGCCAAGCCCUACUCUGCGCCGCGAUAGUCUUGCUUUUUCUUCUAACAUUAAAUCUGAAGUAGUAAGUACGAUAAUUAUAUUUAUAAAUUUUCUGGUCUAACUAUGACUCAUUCCUUCCCGCUCAUUUGAAACGCAGGUAGUGAAUCUCCAUGAGGUUGUAGCGGAUACUAGUAUGUCGAACUCCAAAAAGAUAAAGACGUGGACAGCAGAAGACCCGGUCCGCAACAUCUACAUAGGACGGCCUUCGAUUUGGGGCAAUCCCUUCAGAAUCGGGGAUAACGGCGAUGAUCGUAUUAUUUUUACUCACACAUCAAAAUAUAGUAUUUAUUUUUUGUAAUCCUGAAACAUAUACAUAGCCUUCGACAACUCUUUCGAGAGCGUAGUUCACAUCAUUUAAAUAUAUCAAUAUCAUACUAUCUGCAAAGCCGGAGGCGCAAGGGAGAACACUGGGCUUGUUAUAAUUUAACUAGCUAAGCUCGUUACAAGUCUUGGGGCAAGUUCGUGUUUUCAUUAUCUUUGUCAAAUAGGUGCAUGGUGCCUGCUGCUUUCAUUUCCGCAGUGUUCCAUAGGUUUUUCUAUCUUUCGACGUCAACAUACCUACGCGCAAGACCACACAUAAUCUCUUUAGUGCUAGAACAACUAACUAUUGAGCAAGACAUAGAGUAAGGCCAGUAACGGGUUUCGAGUUGCCACGAGUUGCUCGAGUUGCCGAAGCGAGGAGUUUCAUCGCUGGAACGAGUUGCCACGAGUUGCCGGAAGGUGUCCGUUCCAUCGAAAUGGAGCGAAGCAGGGCGGUGCGAGCACAAACCUAGCUGCUCGAAGUGGCGAAGUGCAGGAGAGUGCUGCGCUUGUUGUUGCUCGUGAGAGGGGCAACCGGGUACGAAGGGCUCUGGUGCGCUUAUGGCUUUUCUAUGUAGCUUGCGCGCGGGCGUUUAUUAGAGCACAACCAAGGGAGCGAAAGGCGCGGCUCUUUGUUGUUUUUGUUUGAUCUCAGUGUCGCUGUGACGUGUGGCGUCGUCUAGUCGUUGACGAUCUCUCCCUUUUUUUCUUCGGAUGUAUGCCCAAUGAAUCUACUUCAGGGGUGAGGGCGAGUAGCUCCCGUCUGCUUUAUAGGCCGGCGCGUCCAGUCUUGCUUGGGGGUGAGUAGACUAGCGAAAGCACCCGUUGGAAGCUGGAAGUGGAUUACCCCACUAGAUCCGUAGUCCUUACUUAGGUGUCGAGAGUAACUAGAUGACCAAGCAAGUGGCUGAGAUGAGUCUCGAGCCCGAGGCGGUUACUCGCUCCCGUCUCAAGGGUGCACUGCGAAGGAAAUCAAGGAUCGGCGACACGACUCGCAGUGUCGUACCUCCCUGCUAAGGUUUCGCGGAGUCUCAUAAAGCUGCGCCCGAAGGGCGCCGCGCAAAAAAUUAGGGUGGGCAACUCGAGCAACUCGAGCAACCCGAGCAACUCGACCCGAUACGGGUCAAAAAGUGCCUUACUCUAUGUAAUAUAUAUCUCAAAAAAUUAACUCCAGGGGAAAUGGUAGUAAAAAAGUACCGAAAUUAUUUGUUGCACGAGCAUCCGGAAGUGCUGCAUCACUUGCGAGAUCUGAAGGGAAAACAACUCGGCUGCUGGUAUAUUUUUUGUUUGCCAGCCUUGAAAAUUCGAGUCCGACUAUGACGUAGUACAAAACUAGCACUUUGUUGAGUAGUGGUCUCUACAAAUGAAUACUAAUUAUAUCAUGAUGUUGACUUUCUGCUUCUUCUAUACUUCACUUGAACAAUCAAUCUCAAUCAGGUGUCAUCCUUAUCCCUGCCACGGACACGUGCUGCAGGAGCUUUACAAGGAGCACAUGCGAAAGGGUACAAACGACGACCGGAGUUGCGGGCGGACAUGCAUCGGGUAA